AUAAUAUUAAUUAUGACGCCAUGAUAAUGUGACAGCUAGCUGGGCCAGGUGACUAGGUCUUCCCAUGUGGCCAUGUGGCGGACCCUCGGGCGUCAUGCUGUCAUUAUCUGCCAUAUAUGUACGUGCAGUCAAGGCGGUACCAACUUGAGAUAACUACUAGCCAGAACACGACGUCUCGGGAUAUUGUCUGGUGGGAUUGUUUCCAUGCCAUUUAUGGCGGGGCUUCUAGCCUUUCUUUGGCUUAUCGUCACCCGGGCUUAUCACAAUCCAUACAUCAUUAUCACAACAUGCCACUUGCCGCCCCUCUCGCUGCGACCCUCAAGGAUCAAUCCCCUAACUUGAAAACCGCUCUACGGCUCCUUGACGCUUAUACCUCAUACUCGGAUGAAACUCUGAAGACCACUUUCGAUGAGACCGUCACGGAUGACUUUGCGCUUGUUGCACUCCCAGAGUCAUUGAGCGUAUUUGGAUGGACCCAGCUCAACAAGUUAGAAUUCAGCCUGGCUAUCCAGAGUCUUGGUUGGAAAGGGAUAAAAGUUUAUUGUCACAGAAGUAGUGGAAACCGAAAGCGAUGUAAUUCUCUGGGUAAACAUUCCGCCUCAGUCUGUUACAUUGGCAGGGGAGUCGCUCACGUCCCACCACGUGUUCAGGAACCGUUUCAACGCUGAUGGGAAAGUUGUGGAGGCAAGAUACAACCUGGACACCAAGUUUGUACAUGACUUUCUUUGGUCUGGGCCCCAGGGAACCAUAGGGCGUAGACCUGCGUAGGAAACCACUAGCAAGACCGCAGUCCCAUUUCUAGCUCCAAUAAGCAAGUAACAGUCAAUGUACAAUAUGAUGCUUGGUUUGAUUCGCCCUGUGACUGGUUGACGUCGGCUUGAUUGAGUUGUCGUUGGGGUGGGAGUUAGCCCAAUACAAUUUUGCUUCGAAAGGAACCUAUUCCCAGAUAGAAUGAGCCAACACACGAAGAACGCCUCCAAAACGAAUCUGGAGGCAGUUGAUUCCCAUUCGGAACGACACAGGUUCA